AUGGCUCAACGAAGUUCCAUCUCCAAGAGCGACAUUGAGGUCGCCGACCAGAAGCCGGCUCACCUCGAGAACAGCAACGAAGCCAUCGAAAUCGGCGGUUUCCGCGUCUUCGGUUUGGACCCUGACGAUGCCGACUUCUACAACAAUUACACAGAGGAGCAGCGAAAGAAAGUCUUCCGAAAGGUUGAUGUUCGACUUGUCCCCAUGCUUGCGCUGCUCUACCUGAUUUGUCAUAUCGAUCGUGCCAACAUUGGUAACGCCAAGAUCGAGGGCAUGGUUGAAGAUUUGGGCAUGACUGGUGUUCAGUACAAUACCAUCUUGUCAAUCUUUUUUGUCCCCUACGUCCUCCUCGAAGUCCCCAGUAAUAUUCUGCUCAAGAAGUUUCAACGACCCUCGAUGUACCUUGGUAUCCUCUGCAUCUGUUGGGGUAUCGUCAUGACCUGCACUGGCCUUGUACAAAACUUUGGCGGUCUUAUGGCUACACGAGUCCUUCUUGGUAUCUUUGAAGCCGGAUUCUUCCCCGGUGCUAUCUACCUGUGCAGUUACUGGUACAUGCCCAAGGACCUGUCCACCAGAAUCUCAUACUUUUACUGCGCCAGUGCCUUGUCAGGCGCUUUCUCCGGUCUCCUUGCUGCUGGUAUCGCUGAGAUGGACGGCGUUGCCGGUCUUGAGGGUUGGCGAUGGAUCUUCCUCCUCGAGGGCAUGGUUACAGUCCUUCUCGGUGUCGCAUGCUUCUUUUUCCUUAUCGACACCCCUGCCCUUUCGUCGCGAUGGCUUACACCGGAAGAGAUCAAGUUCCUCGAACUCUCCAUGUUCAUCAAGCAGGGUGGUGGUUUCCAGGAGGAGAGCACUGUUAGGUGGAAGGAUAUCAAGAUGGUCCUUACCAACUGGCGUGUCUAUGUUCAGGCAUACUUCCUUUUGUGCCAGUCUGCGCUCUCUUACGGUACCAAGUUUACUCUUCCUUCCAUCACCAAGGCCAUGGGAUUCAGCAACACGAAUGCUCAGCUCACUUCCGCGCCUCCAUACGUCGCUGCCGCAAUCUCAGCUAUUUGCUUCGCCAAGGUCUCCGAUCGAUUCUUCUGGCGAAUGCCGUUUGUGGCUAUUCCCAUGAUCAUUGUCACGAUUGCUUACUCAGUCAUCAUCUCUCUGAAGGGUGAGCUUGAGUCCAAGAAGGGCGUCGCUUACUUUGCUGUCGUGCUUGCCGUCGUUGGUAUUUACCCCAUCCAAGCCGCAGCCGCCUCAUGGAACGCCAACAACAUUGCGCCAUCAUCUCGACGUGCCAUUGGUAUCGCGCUGAUGAACUGUGUCGGAAACGUCGGUGGUAUCGUCGGUAGUUUCAUGUACCUCGAGAGCGAGAAGCCAAAGUACUACACUGGUUUUGGUCUCAGUUUGGCAUUUGGAGCCACUGGUCUCAUGGUUGCUCUCUUCUUGGAAUGGAGUUACAAGUCGGCCAAUGCUCGAAAGGCCAAGAUCGCGGAUGAGGCCAAGGCUAAGUACACUGAGGAGGAACUCUUUGAGAUGGGUGACAGGUCUCCUCUAUUCAAGCACGUCCUGUAA